UCCAUUAUUAACUGAUCAAAUAUCUGAAACACUUUUCCUGUAUAUCGUUCAAUGAUUGUCUAGCCCACCCGUGUGAGGUGAUAGAUGUCAAAAUACUGAUGUCAAUGGUCAAUAUUUCAUCAGUAGUCAUAGUUGUCAGGAGUCAACCGACAAUAAUGUAAAUUGUAACUAUGCCUAUGGGUUGUUUUUAAUUUGAAAUAUAUCAGAUGGGCAUGGAUAUUCAGCGCAUGUUUAUAAUUUUAUAAAUUUGACUAAAUAAAUUAUAACAUUUAAAUUUACGUCCUAUUGUAGCAGAAGCUUAUUUGAUCUGGUAUUGUAAAAGGUAUUUUUAGUUCAUUGCCCACAAUAUUGAAAUGAAUAGUAAAUACCAUGCUAUUUAAAAAUAUUCUUGAAAGGAAAAAAAAGAUUAUCAAUCUUAAAUUAAGUGUAAGGUAGGCAUUGGUCCAAUAAUAUUAUAACUAAUAUCAAGAAAACGCACGCAAUGUCAUCUGGAAAAAAAUGUAAGCAUUGUGGGUCAUCCGAAAUCGAAGUUGACCCUGCAAGAGGAGAUGCUGUCUGUACAAACUGCGGGUCUGUCCUCGAAGAUAGUAUUAUUGUAGCUGAUAUUGAGUUUCAAGAGACCGCACAUGGUGGAGCCUCUGUUAUUGGCCAGUUUGUGUCAGCUGAAUCAAAGGGAGGCGCAUCAGGAUUUGGGAGAGCGUUUAAUUCAGGUAUUGGCCAAGAAUCUAGAGAGGUCACAUUACGGAAAGCAAGAGAUGGUAUCACAGCAUUGUGCCAACAGCUGCGUUUAAAUCAGCAAUGUAUUGAUAUCGCAUGUAAUUUCUUUAAGUUGGCACUUAUGCGUCAUCUGACUAUUGGACGACCGUCAGCACUUACACAGGCUGCAUGUGUUUAUAUGAUGUGUAGAACGGAAGGGACUGCUCAUCUAUUAAUUGAUAUAAGUGAUGCACUGCAGAUAUGUUGUUAUCAACUGGGUCGCACAUACUUCAAGCUCUCGAAGACUCUCUGCAUAAACAUUCCACCAACUGAUCCAUGCAUUUACAUCCUCCGAUUCGCAUCUCAACUGCAGUUCGAGGACAAACAGCACGAGGUGAGUAUGACAGCACUUCGGCUUGUGCAGAGGAUGAAGAGGGACUCAAUACAUUCCGGACGUCGACCUUCAGGUGUCUGCGGGGCCGCACUCCUCAUAGCUGCUAGACUACACAAUUUUUCUCGGACGCCGUCUGAUGUUGUGCGCAUAGUCAGAGUCCAUGAAAGUACGCUGCGCAAGCGGCUUCUAGAGUUUGGUGAUACUCCAUCCAGUGCGUUAACGCUUGACGAAUUUAUGACAGUGGAUCUUGAAGAGGAGCAGGACCCUCCAAUUUUCAAAGAAGCAAGGAAACGGGAUAAAGAACGACUGCAAAAGCUCAUGGAAGAAGAGGACGGGGAGAGAGAACUUUCAGAACUUCAGAAGGAGAUAGAAGAACAAUUAGAGAAAGACAACGCGAAGAAGAAAAAGUUAGCAGCAACGUCAAGCUCAACCAGAAGUGUAGAUGAAUCCAUCAACGAAGAAGAUGAAGCGACUCGGUUUGCAGAAGAAAGGACCAUCAGUCUUAUUGGAGAGUUGGCGAAGACCGUCGCAAAAGACACAGAAGAAAGCGCCACAGAAGUAGAAGAGAAAGAAUUAGGCCCAGAAAAGGCAGUGAUCGGUAUAUCCCACGUGAACGAGAAAACAGACACAUUUUUGAAGCCAGAACCGAAAACCCAGUUACCAAAUAACCUGACGAAUGCGGAUGAACUGGUUCUUGGGGAUGAAGAUGAGGCGUAUAUUGAUUCUCUCAUUAUGACUCCUGAUGAAGCGAGGUAUAAGACGAAGAUGUGGAAGUCCAUUAAUGCUGGCUAUCUUCGGGAUCAAAAGAUAAAAGAAGAACUCCGCGCAAAAGAAAAAGAAGAAGGGAAAGAUAAAAAGAAGAAAGUGCGUGGAUCGUACAGAAAGAAGGUGAAUUGUAAUGCCGCUACAGCUGGAGAGGCGAUUGGGAAGAUGUUGGCCGAGAAGAAGAUGAGUUUGAAGAUUAAUUAUGAUAUACUCAAAAGUUUGGAUCAGCCUGGUGUCUCAAUACCUGUGACUUCCAGUGAACCCGCUGUGGAAAGUCCGAAGGAGCUUGUGGAGAGUAAGACACCAGGUCCACCCCCAUCUAAAAAGAAAAAGAAGAAAGCAGCCCCACCUUCAGAUACGGAAUCGAACCCUCCCACUCCAGCACCGGAAGCACCUGUUCCCAGCACGCCGAUACAAAAGGAUAUAGAAGCUGAUGAUUAUGAAGAAGAAAUAGAUACAACAGAAAAUGAUACAGAACUAUCUUUAGCCAGCAUGUUGCAGAACCAGCAAGAGGAUGAUUAUUAUGAUUAUGAAGAGUAUUAGUUUAUGUAUGAUCUUCUAUUGUAUAGUUAAUCUCGUUUAAGUAGUAAAAAAAGAAAUGGACAUAGACAACUAAACAACGGGGUAAAAAUUGUUUAUGGCUCUGACAAUGUUCAUUAUGUAAUCUAAAGUUGGUUUUAGGUUACUCAUACUCGAAUCUAUUUAUAAAGGGCUAAAUGGGCUUUCUAAACAAUCAUGUAACAAUGAAAUACAACAUUUUACAUUCGCUAAUACAAUAAAAAAUCCAUUUACAUAUUAUUAUUACUCUUCAGCAACUGACAUAUACCGCUUAAUACACAAAUUCAUUAAGCUGGUACAAAUUUAGUGUAAACAACUAAAGAAAUAUAUAUAUGAAGCGGUACGGAUGAAAUGGUUUUGUUGUAUAUAAAUCGUAUAGGAUUGUUUGAAAGUAUCUAAUUUUAUUAGAUUAUAUUUAUUUAGUUCAAUUACUAAUAAUUUUUAAGUUAUUUUUGUAAGAAAACCAUUCGGUAUUUGUUGCAAUGUGAUGCUUUUAAUCUAUAAAAUAAAGGAAUACUUAAAUUAUGUUUGCCCAUGUAUUGUAAAAAAUAAUUUUACUCUGUAUGGAAUAAUCAUUUAGCUAAAAAUGUUGUAUACUCUGUGGCAUUAUGAUAUAUAGACAUAGAGAAUAAACUUGCUAAAGCAAUGUGUCACAUUCCAUUCUCGAGGUUUAAAACUAAAAAAAUGGACGUCACACACAUGUGUUUAGCUCAUUGUAUGUUGUAAAUUUAUUUUAUAAGUGUGUAUUAUACAACUUUGUAUUUCCCGCCAAAACUGUCUCACUUCGUAUUUAUUGAAUAGCUGAAAAAACAUUAGUCUAUUCUGUGUUUAAGAUGC